AUGACCGCCUGUGUCCGCGGUGGGCUUCCGGACCCCGGGCUCUGCGCCCCCGCGCGGUGGGUUCGGUCCCUGCCCGGCCUCCGAUGGGCACUGCCAGGGCGGUGGCGUCGGCUCGGGCUGCUGCUCCUGCUGCUUCUCCUGCCGCCCUCCGCCCUUUCCUCAGUGUUCACCGUGGGGGUGCUCGGCCCCUGGGCUUGCGACCCCAUCUUCGCCCGGGCCCGCCCCGACCUGGCCGCCCGCCUGGCCGCCGCCCGCCUGAACUCUGCCCUGGCAGGCGGGCCCCGCUUCGAGAUCGUGCUGCUGCCCGAGCCGUGCCGGACGCCCGGCUCGCUGGGGGCUGUGUCCUCCGCGCUGGCCCGCGUCUCGGGUCUUGUGGGUCCAGUAAACCCUGCAGCCUGCCGGCCAGCCGAGCUACUGGCCCAAGAGGCUGGUGUCGCGCUGGUGCCUUGGGGUUGUCCCGGGACCACGGCGGCGGGCACCACAGCCCCCGCCAUGACCCCCGCGGCAGAUGCUCUCUACGUCCUCCUUCGAGCAUUCCGCUGGGCGCGUGUGGCUCUGGUCACCGCCCCCCAGGACCUGUGGGUGGAGGCGGGACGCGCAUUGUCCUCGGCACUCAGGGCUCGGGGCCUGCCCAUCGCCGUGGUAACUUCCAUGGAGCCCUCGGACCUGUCUGGGGCCCGGGAGGCCCUGAAGAGGGUCCAGGACGGGCCCAGGGUGAGAGUGGUGAUCAUGGUAAUGCACUCGGUGCUGCUGGGCGGUGAGGAACAGCGCUGCCUUCUGGAGGCCGCAGAGGAGCUGGGCAUGGCCGAUGGCUCUCUGGUCUUCCUGCCAUUCGACACGCUCCACUACGCCUUGUCCCCAGGCCCAGAGGCCUUGGCAGCGCUCGCCAACAGCUCCCAGCUUCGCAAGGCCCAUGAUGCUGUGCUCACCCUUACGCGCCACUGUCCCCCAGAGGGCAGCGUGCUGGACAGCCUGCGCAAGGCCCAAGAGCAGCGGGAGCUGCCCGCUGACCUCAAUCUGCAACAGGUCUCCCCACUUUUUGGCACCAUCUAUGAUGCAGUCUUCUUGUUGGCGAGGGGCGUGGUGGGAGCACGGGCAGCUGUAGGUGGCAGCUGGGUUUCUGGAGCAGCCGUGGCCCAACAAGUCCGGGAUGCCCAGGUCCUCCCUGGCUUCUGUGGGGCUCUAGGUGGAGCUGAGGAGCCCUCGUUUGUGCUGCUGGACACAGAUGCAGUGGGGGACCAGCUGUUUGCCACGUACAUGUUGGACCCCACCCAGGGCUCUCUCCGCUCCGCUGGGACCCCAGUGCACUUCCCUCGUGGUGGACCAGCACCCGGACCUGACCCGUCAUGCUGGUUCGAUCCAGAUGUCAUCUGCAAUGGAGGAGUGGAGCCGGGCCUCGUCUUUCUUGGCUUCCUCCUUGUGGUUGGGAUGGGGCUGACUGGGGCCUUCUUGGCCCAUUAUGUGAGGCACCAGCUACUUCACAUUCAAAUGGUCUCAGGCCCCAACAAGAUCAUCCUGACGCCAGAUGACAUCACCUUCCUCCACCCACAGGGAGGCAGCUCUCGAAAGGUGGUGCAAGGGAGUCGAUCAAGUCUGGCUGCCUGCAGUGUGUCAGACAUUCGCAGUGUCCCCAGCCAGCCCUCGGACAGCUCCAACAUUGGCCUCUACGAGGGGGACAAGGUUUGGCUGAAGAAAUUUCCAGGGGAUCACCACAUCACUAUCCGCGCAGCAACCAAGAUGGCCUUCUCCAAGCUCCAGGAGCUCCGGCAUGAGAAUGUGGCCCUCUACGUGGGGCUUUUCCUGGCCGGGGGAGCAGAUGGCCCUGCAGCCCCUGGGGAGAACAUCCUGGCUGUGGUCUCCGAGCACUGUGCACGGGGCUCCCUCCAUGACCUCCUUGCCCAGAGAGACAUAAAAUUGGACUGGAUGUUCAAGUCCUCCCUCCUGCUGGACCUCAUCAAGGGAAUGAGGUAUCUGCACCAUCGAGGGGUACCUCAUGGGAGGCUUAAGUCACGGAACUGCGUAGUGGACGGGAGGUUCGUACUCAAGGUCACCGAUCACGGCCAUGGGCGCCUGCUGGAAGCACAGAGGGUGCUACCGGAGCCUCCCAGCGCUGAGGACCAGCUGUGGACAGCCCCGGAGCUGCUUAGGGACCCUGCCCUGGAGCGCCGGGGAACUCUGGCCGGCGACAUAUUCAGUUUGGGCAUCAUUAUGCAGGAGGUCGUGUGCCGCAGCACCCCCUACGCCAUGCUGGAACUGACUCCCGAGGAAGUGGUGCAGAGGGUGCAGAGCCCCCCACCGCUGUGUCGGCCCUUGGUGUCCAUGGAUCAGGCACCCAUGGAGUGUAUUCAGCUGAUGAAACAGUGCUGGGCAGAGCAGCCAGACCUUCGGCCCUCCAUGGACCGCACCUUUUACCUGUUCAAGAGCAUCAACAAGGGCCGUAAGACCAACAUCAUUGACUCAAUGCUGCGGAUGCUAGAGCAAUACUCGAGUAACCUGGAGGACCUGAUCCGGGAGCGCACAGAAGAGCUGGAGCAGGAAAAGCAGAAGACAGACCGGCUGCUCACACAGAUGCUGCCUCCGACUGUAGCAGAUGCCCUCAAGAUGGGCACACCUGUAGAGCCCGAAUACUUUGAAGAGGUGACCCUAUACUUCAGUGACAUCGUGGGCUUUACCACCAUCUCCGCCAUGAGCGAGCCCAUCGAAGUGGUGGAUCUGCUCAACGACCUCUACACCCUCUUUGAUGCCAUCAUUGGUUCCCACGAUGUCUACAAGGUAGAGACAAUUGGGGACGCCUACAUGGUGGCCUCGGGACUGCCUCAGCGGAAUGGGCAGCGGCACGCGGCAGAGAUCGCCAACAUGUCGCUGGACAUCCUCAGUGCUGUGGGCUCUUUCCGCAUGCGCCAUAUGCCUGAGGUGCCGGUGCGCAUCCGCAUCGGCCUGCACUCGGGCCCCUGCGUGGCGGGCGUGGUGGGCCUCACCAUGCCGCGGUACUGCCUGUUCGGAGACACGGUCAAUACCGCCUCGCGCAUGGAGUCCACCGGGCUGCCUUACCGCAUCCACGUGAACUUGAGCACCGUACGGAUUCUUAAUGCGCUGGCUGAGGGUUACCAGAUGGAGCUUCGAGGCCGCACGGAGCUAAAGGGCAAGGGCGCCGAGGACACGUACUGGCUGGUGGGCAAACGCGGCUUUAACAAGCCCAUCCCCAAACCGCCUGACCUGCAACAAGGGGCCAGCAACCACGGCAUCAGCCUGCAGGAGAUCCCACCGGAUCGGCGCCGGAAGCUGGAGAAGGCGAGACCGGGCCAGUUCUUGGGAAAGUGAGGCCCAGCUCCCAGCGCCGCGGCCCCGGACAGGAUUUUUCUGGAAGAACCUUUUCCUGAAAUUUGCUGCUAUAGGUGACUGAAAGUCUGGUUAAUGCUGGUGGCCUCAAUGCAGCUCUGCCUCAAAGGAUUCUGGGCCUUCACAAGAGCUGGUUGCAAACCAGCCACAUGACCUUGAGUAUCUCAUGCGCUCUCCAGGCUUGGGUUCCCCUCAAUGGCAAAAUGGAGGGGGAGGUGGCCUAAGUGGUUUCCACAGCCCCUGUGGCCCUGAGGGCUGGCCUUGGGAUAUCAGACCCUGUGGCAUGUGGCCUCCAGCCCCAAGGACCCUGAGCCCAUCAAGGGAUGUUGAAUUGGGGGAUUCUUCACUUUCCCGGGUCUCUCAGGGCCCCAGGAAGGAAGAUCUGGGAUUGGAUGCCCUAAACCAAGAGGCAAUAGAGUCCUUGUGUUCUACCACAGCAAAGGUUUUCACAAGGCCUGAGGAGGCCAGGGCUUCUGUUUAGCCCCAAGCCUCCUUCCUAUCUCCAUCCCCACCAGUCAGAAACUGGCUCUUUCUGUGGGCAUAACCAGGUAACUUGCCCAAGUGCAGAGAAAAGCUUGCUUUACGAUUUUGAGGAAAGGAAAGUAAACUGCACCAAACCUUUACUAACCAGAACACCCAAAGAAUAGUAGUUUUCUCUGUUUAACUGAGCACCACUGAGCAAACAGUUAGAUAGAAAAUUCUUUGUGCUUAGAUCUUUGCAACAGGUGUCAACUCCCUGUCCUGGCAAGUCCCUAGCUGAAGUUUCCUUUGUGACACUCUGAUGUUCCAGAGCCUAGCCCUUGACAUAUUUGAAUCUUGGUGUCCUUCACCAACUUCACCUGAAAGAAGUUAGUAGCAAUAGCCACCACCCAGGCUGCCACCAUAUGCAAUGAGUGUCCAGUCCUUGGAGGUGUGCAAGGAGAACCAGAGAUGUCAUUGACCAGGGAUAUGACAGUCAGAGGGAGUUCCUAGAUGGAAGGAUGAACUAAAUCCUCAUUACUAAGAGUGGUAGGUGAACCAGCAACAUCCACAUUACCUGGGAGCCUGUUAGAAAUGCAAAAUCUCAGACCUACUGAAUCAUAAUCUGCAUUUUAACAAGUUCCCUGAAAAUACAUGCACAUUAAGGUUUCUGAAUCCUAGAACUAAGUAAUUUUAGGAUCCCUGAAAUCUUAGAAUCUCUAAAUCCAGGCUAUAAACUAGCCAUCAGAUUUAUUUUGUUUGGUCUGGGGGGUGUUUUUGUUUUGAGCUAACAUUUAAAAAAAUCAAGAGAUAUUACAUUUUUAAAAUGUGUACCAAAUUUCCCUCUUCUCUUGAAAUCAAAAACCCUGCAGGGGGUUUGCAUCACCACUCAGCAACAUUCUGUUGGACUAAAGAGUGACAUUCCCCUUUAUCCAGAACAUCAUGCUUUAGAUCUCCUGGUUCUACCACUCCCCAAGGACUCCAAGACACCAGGAUUUUCUGAAAACCUCUAUGUACCUGCCUGGCGCUUGUAGAAAUUAAGCUUAGGACUCCUGGAGUAGCAGAUGUUAGGAUUAUAGGUGCUCCUGGAAGUUGCUCUGCCUUUUUGUAAACUGAUUUGUAAGUUCUACAAGCUUAGGGGUAGUCCACCUCCUUCCUAAAAGUAAAGAAAGAAUGUAUAAUAAGUCUAAAAUCCAGCACUACUAAGUUCUGGUUACCCAAGGUGGUGGUGUUAUAGUGAAUGAUUUAGUGCAAUUUAAAAAAACAUUUUAAAUCUUGUUCAAAUAUGAAUUAAAAAUUAAAAAACAAACAAAAAAACUAACAUGCAAACACACAAAAAUUUUGAAAAGUUAUUUACAUUCUUAAACAUCUUCCUUAAGAUUUUCUCUGUACUUAGGUCCCAGGGAUUGAUGAGCAGGUUCUGCAUUGCUAGCCUUGGACCUGACAGUAUGGAUGUAGCUCUCAAUUUCCUGCCUCUUCCCUUCCUAUCCUACACUACUUCCCUUCCCUUGCCCUGCCAAGUGAAGGGGCCUGGAGUAGCUAAUGGUUUAUGAUUCUGGGAGCCUCAGAGAAGAGUCCAGAAGUAGGCAGAAGGAUUAGCUUGGGUAGGACACCCCCCAGAAGAGGAAGAGGAAGAGCUAGGGGGCAAACCCAGCCUGGGGUGGAGGUGAAGUGGGCAGGGCUGAGCAGGUCUCUUCUUAUCUUUGACUAAGCCUCAUUCCCAGGAUGGCUGCCUCAAUCUCAUAUGACCAGCUGUGAUGAGGCAAGAGCCUGGCAGAAAAGUGCCCCAUCUUCCUUCCCAGCCAGGAGAACUUGGGCCCCCCAUCCCCACCCCAGAGCUCACAGAGCUAGUGAGUGGGGAAACAUUAAGUCAGUCUCCUCUCUACCCCUCAGCCUCCUCCUUUCUCUGUCUCUGUCUUCCUCUCUGCCCUCAUCUCCUCUCUUUCCACCCCCGGUGUCCUCUUUCUGCUCUGUAUUUUCCAUUUCUGUGGAGUCUUUUUUUCCCCCAGGCCCAGUCACUUAUCUGGACUUGGAGCCCUGCCUCAAGUCCUCCCCACCUUCCUGUCCUGUUGUUUCUGGGACCCAGGCAGCUCCCAGCCCAUGAGAGCACCUGGUUUGGUCAUUGGGCACACCCCACCUUCAGAUGUGUUUAUACUACCUCUGCCAGCUGGCCUGUACCAGGAGAACCCCCCUUGGGGCUGUCCUCGCCUUUGGGAUGGCUCUGUAGCUGGGAUGAAGGACAGCCAAAGCAAAGACCACCCACAGCUGCUGCUUCAACCCCACAUCAGGGACGCCACAGCAUGUCCCGGGGCUCAGCUGGCACCUUUACUCUGUGGUGCUCCUCAUCCCCAUCUGCAGUGGACCCCAGGGACCUCUCUUAGGAGAGGCAGGGUGAGCUGCCCCUUGGCAGGGAUUUGUGACACUGCAUUGUUGGGCUGUGUUCACUGGGCUCUUGUGCACCUUGCACCCUGGAUACCAGGCCAUGGUGUUUGGGUCCCGGGAGGGUGGGGAGUGAAA